ACCAUUCGACUACCUGUAGGAUUGCAUUGAGAGUGUAAGGGAGAGGUGAUGCCCAGGAGGUAAUCCACAUAAUAUAGUGUGACACUAGUCGUUUUUUUUACGCCUCUGUGCAUAUUUUGCUCUCAUGCACCAUUAUACCAGUUAAACAUCAGGUAAAAUAAUUAAACCGUCGUAAUCUCAAGGAGAGAUGACAUCACGUUGCUCGUGAACAGGCGGUGCAGGAUGCUCCACGUUUAUCCUUCAAAUCCAGUUGAAGAUGUGCAGAAAGCCGGGACAUUUUCAGAAAGCUCCAUUUGAAUGGCAAUACUGAUCUACAAUCAGCAAUCGAUCGAGUGAUCAUUCUUGCCUGUGAUCGGUCUGCAGCGUGACUAAUCGCAAAGGACAACAAUAAAAGAGGAUGAAGAUGAAUCAAACGCGCGUUGUUUUUUUAUUUAUUUUUUGUUGUUUACAUUGAGCUUCCGACAAGCGCUCUGUAGUAAAGUUGCGGUGACCAAACUACAGCGGUGCUAUAUGAAGAUCAAGAUCCAAGAUCUUUGCCCUCGCAGAAAUGCCAGUGCGUGCCGUGACUUCCAGGUUCAUGUACAGGGGACUUUGCUCAAUUCCAGAUAUCCUCUCCUACAAGACUCCUAUCACCCUCCCCGAGGAUGAAGUGGAGGAGAUCCGGGAAGCCUUUAAGGUGUUUGACCGUGAUGGGAAUGGAUUCAUCUCAAAACAGGAGCUGGGAAUGGCCAUGCGGUCUCUUGGUUACAUGCCAAACGAGGUGGAGCUGGAGGUGAUCAUUCAGAGACUGGACAUGGAUGGUGACGGUCAGGUUGACUUUGAAGAGUUUGUAACACUUCUUGGACCAAAACUUUCUUCUGCUGGAAUGCCUGACAGGUUCCAUGGAGCUGAGUUUGACUCCAUAUUCUGGAAGUGUGACAUGCAAAAGCUGACUGUGGAUGAGCUGAAGAGACUCCUGUAUGACACCUUCUGUGAUCAUUUGACUAUGAAAGACAUCGAGAACAUUAUCAUGACAGAAGAGACUCACUUAAACAGCCCAGAGUGCCAAGUAGAUAUUGACACAAACCCCACGCAACAAGUCAAGCACAAAUGUGUGCGUAAGAGCUUGAUUUGUGCCUUUGCCAUCGCAUUUAUCAUCAGCGUCAUGCUCAUUGCAGCCAAUCAGAUGCUUCGAAGGGGGAUGAAGUGAACUGUUUCUAAAACCAUGAAUGACUGACAAAAGGAAGUAAGGUAAAAAUGCAAAAAUGUCCAGAUAUUUAACAGUUUAUAGGGUCAAAGAAACACCAAAGGAUUCAUUGUUAUUUUACUAUUAUCUCAAAGUAAAGUCAGACUGUUCUUAGACAGGCAAAAUAAAAGUAGAGCCCAAAACAAUAUAGUUCAAAAGUGUCAUGUGAUUUUUGUGUAGGAAUUCAACAGGAACAACAGUUAUUCAAGAUAAUUGUGCUAUAUAGUAUUACAUGUCUCUAAUCAGUUCAUGCUACUGAACAGAGAAA